ACGGUCGACCGUAAAAUCGCCCAUCGCUACAGUUGUUUUCGACUUUUCUUUUCCGCAGAAUUCCCGUUCUGAAAUGCCAUCCAAUGAAGUGCAAUCAAAAGCAUAAAUUGAUGCGAAUUUCUUUCAUCUUUUUAAUAGUUUUGCUAUUUGUGCGUGGCUAUCCUGCCGAAGAGAAUACUGAGGAAGAAACCGUGAUUGAAGACUUUUUUAUAUGUCGUACCUGCGGAAAUGAUGUCAGCGUAGCGAAUCUAGCCUUCGACAAAUACACCCCACUAGCGCUUAGCGCGACAAAUCACUCUUUCACGGAAACACGUUCCGUGCUAAUACAGGAAGUGCAGAAUCCUCUCGGAAUUCGGUUUCACAUCUUUCUCGUAAAGCAAGCCUCCUGCGCAAAGGUUCACCCGUGGACAAUCAAGUCGACCUGGUUCCCUGGCUACGCGUGGAAGGUUUGCGUGUGCCCCAAGUGUCAUACACUGCUCGGGUGGAUGUUCGAACCCGUCGAGAGCGCCACGGCAGAGCAAAGUUUCCCUUCGGAGGCGGGUUUCUACGCAAUCAUCUUUCAGAACAUCAUCACAGAAGGAUUCGUGAACUCGCUGCUUAUGAAAGAAAAAGCACUGCGCGAUAAUUGACAUACAUAACCGGAAGGAAGAAAACGCAACUCACAACCAUGGUUGACCCCAAGAGACACAUCAACAUCCUUUCGCCAGAGGAACAGGCGUUCAUUGAGGAGUGCGACAAUGAGUUUGCACAUCGGUUUACCGAUUUGGACGAAGAAUUUAUGGCGCACUGUCAGCGUCCCUCGAAACCGCCGCCAAUAGUAUAUCCGUGGAACAAUCGCCGUGGUGGCAGCGGUGGCGGAGGAGGAGGUUGGCGAGGAGAAAGACGUUUCAACGACAGGGGUGGAAGAGGGAGAGGAGGUGGCCAUUUUAAUCGGCGCGAUGCAAGACAUCAGCCAUACAAUAAUGACAGAUAUCGUAGAAAUAAUCACCAGUCCGGUCGGGACGAAGGCUACAGAAACAAUUCAUCACAAUCUAACAGCAGACAGUACGACCGAUCCGGCCGAGAACGCCAGUAUCAUGAGGAAUCGAAGUGUUAGUAUGGAGUGAAUUUAAUAUAUAACAUGUUUGCAUACCCGUCGUUGCAACAUAAGUCUAUCCGUUCGUGUGAGCGAGCUGAGAAUUUUCCCUUCAUUUGUAACCAACACUUGGCGAGUGUUAAAACGUACAGAUUCUUUACGAAUUGUAAAUAAAUAUCUGUAAAUAAAGACUGAAUUGAACAAA